CCCGCGCGUCCCAGCCCCGGCCGUGGGCCGGGUUCCCCUGCGGGCGGGGAAGGAAGGGCGGUGAGGCCCUGGAGGAGGAGGAGGAAGCGUGACAGCUGGAGCGGGUCCUGCCUGGAAAGACCAACUAUUUUAAGAGGCGACCCCGGCGCUUGAAGUACUACCACAUUGCCUUUGUGAAAAUCACUGAGAAAAAUAGAAAGAUGGCCAAGGAGAGGGGCCUAAUAAGCCCCACUGAUUUUGCCCAGCUACAAAAAUACAUGGAAUACUCCACCCAAAAGGUUAGUGAUGUCUUAAAGCUCUUUGAGGAAGACGGAAACUUGGCCAGUUAUCUCCAAGGAGAUGCCAUUGGGUACAGCGGCUUCCAGCAAUUCCUGAAAAUCUAUUUGGAAACGGAUGAGGUUCCUCAUCACCUAAGCCUUGCACUGUUUCAAUCCUUCCAGACUUACCAAUCCGUAGAAAACACUGUGGAGAAAGAUGUGGUCUGCCUCAAUGAUGUCUCCUGCUACUUCUCCCUGCUGGAAGGAGGUCGUCCAGAGGACAAAUUAGAAUUUACCUUCAAGCUGUACGACACGGACAGAAAUGGGAUCCUGGACAGCUCAGAAGUGGAAAAGAUCAUCAAACAGAUGAUGCGAGUAGCUGAGUACAUGGAUUGGGAUGUUUCUGAGCUGAGGCCGAUUCUUCAGGAGAUGAUGAAACAAAUCGACUACGAUGGCAGUGGCUCUGUCUCCCUAUCUGAAUGGCUUCAGGCUGGAGCCACCACCGUGCCCUUGCUAGUACUGCUGGGUCUAGAGAUGACCCUGAAAGACAAUGGCCAACACAUGUGGAGAUCCAAAAGGUUCCCCCGACCAGUCUACUGUAACCUAUGCGAGUCCAGCAUUGGUCUUGGCAAACAGGGGCUGAGCUGUAAUAUUUGCAAGUACAUCGUUCAUGACCAAUGUGCCAUGAAGGCCCGACCUUGUGAAGUCAGCACCUAUGCCAAAUCUAGGAAGGACAUUGGUGUGCAAUCACAUGUGUGGGUGCGAGGAGGCUGUGAGUCUGGAAGAUGUGAUCGCUGUCAGAAGAAGAUCCGGAUCUAUCACAGUCUAUCUGGGCUUCAUUGCGUGUGGUGCCACCUCGAGAUUCACGAUGACUGCCUGCCAGCCAUGGGCCAAGAGUGUGACUGUGGGGUGCUCCGUGAUCAUAUUCUGCCUCCAUCUUCCAUCUACCCCAGUGUCCUGGCCUCCGGAAUGGAGCGUAAAACCAGCAAAACAGAUCAGAAGACCAUGGAAGACACAAGUUUGAGCACUUUUGAGGCUCUUCGGAUUAACCCUGUUUCUAACACACACCCACUCCUGGUCUUUGUCAACCCCAAGAGUGGUGGGAAGCAGGGAGAGAGGGUGCUUUGGAAAUUUCAGUAUCUACUGAAUCCUCGGCAGGUCUUCAACCUUUUGAAAGAUGGUCCUGAGCCAGGGCUCAGAUUCUUCAGGGAUGUUCCUGACUACCGAAUUUUGGUGUGUGGUGGAGAUGGCACAGUAGGCUGGAUUCUAGAAACCGUUGACAAAGCUAACUUGCCUGCUUUACCUCCUGUUGCUGUGCUGCCCCUGGGCACUGGAAAUGAUCUGGCUCGUUGUCUAAGAUGGGGAGGAGGAUAUGAGGGAGAGGAUUUGUCAAAGAUUCUCAAGGAUAUAGAGAUGAGUAAGGUGGUACAUAUGGAUCGAUGGUCUGUGGAGGUGAUACCCCAGCACACCGAAGAAAAGAGCGACCCAGUUCCCUUUCAUAUAAUCAAUAACUACUUCUCCAUUGGUGUGGAUGCCUCUAUCGCUCACCGAUUUCAUGCCAUGAGAGAGAAAUAUCCAGAGAAGUUCAACAGCAGAAUGAAGAACAAGCUAUGGUACUUCGAAUUUGCUACAUCUGAAUCUAUCUUCUCAACAUGCAAAGGGCUAGAGAAUGCUUUAACAAUUGAGAUCUGUGGUAAGCCUCUGGACCUGAGCCACCUCUCUCUAGAAGGCAUCGCUGUACUGAAUAUCCCUAGUACACACGGUGGUUCCAACCUCUGGGGCGAUACCAAGAAACCUCAAGGAGACACCCAUGGGAUCAACCAGGCCUUAGGUCCUACAGCCAAAGUUAUCACUGACCCUGAUAUCCUGAAAACAUGUGUCCCAGACCUAAGUGACAAGCGACUGGAAGUAGUCGGUCUGGAAGGUGCAAUUGAUAUCGGCCAGAUCUAUACCAAGCUCAAGAGUGCUGGACAUCGCCUGGCCAAGUGCUCUGAGAUCACAUUCCACACCAGGAAAACCCUUCCCAUGCAGAUUGAUGGAGAGCCCUGGAUGCAGACGCCUUGUACGAUCAAGAUCACCCACAAGAACCAGAUGCCUAUGCUCAUUGGCCCACCCCAACGCCCCUCCAAUUUCUUUGGCUUUUUGUGCUGAGAGAAACACCACAGCCUCCAAUCCAGCCUUGAAUUCACCUUUAUGUUCGAGCAGGACUCGAACCCUGAGGCUCUGCACAUUGCUGCACAAAUUCCCGCCAGCCCAGGAGCGUGUUCCUUCACCUUCACAGUAUUUAUUAUCCCACACCACGCUGCUCUUCUCCAUGCAAACAUGAAACACCAAACAUACACAUUCAAAGUGCCUCAUCUAAUAAAUGACCUCUCCUCCUCACUGGGGUAUUUGUUAAGUGGUUCACCUCCUUUCGUAUCUCUUUACUGAAAGAAGUCUUCCAGAAGCAAGCAAAACAGCAAUGACACUAGGUUCUGAGCAUUUAUUUCAAAUAUGGUCAUCUCCGGCAGAAGACUGGAGAAAUGAGAGACUUUGCUGUCUGUCAACUCAAAGUCCAUCAGGGGGUCCUGUGAGCAUACUCAGACCUGCUGCCCAUGGAGGAGAGGGCUGUUCUCACCAGUAGGGUAAGAACGGAAGAAUUGAGGCAUCCGCAGCCAGUGGGCAGUGCGGCGUGGCAGCCGGGGAAGGGCGGGAGCUGAGUCCCGCUUCCUGAGCUUCUGCCUGAGAUUGGAAGAAAGGGAAACUGGUUAGCAGUGGAUAAGGGCAGCCAGUCAGCACUUCUCCAUGAAGAGGACACACCCUUACCCCAUCUCCUAGGUGUGGGUUCUAGCUCCCUCUCUUUCUCUUCCUCAAGUAAAUUUUUCUCUUGUUUGAAUGGAAAUCUCUGUAAGACUGACCCUCAUAAGCAUUCAUGCUUUGAGGACCUUGGCUCUCUACACCUGGGAAUUUGCCCUUUUCAGAGGACUGAAUUCACUCAUUCUCAUCUGCUUUUGAUAUUAUUAAUAACAACAAUUAACAAUAUAA